GAUUAUUUUCAUAUUUUCUAACCUGUCUGUCAUGAUAAUUUUCGGGAUAGGCUAUUGAUGUUGUUCUUUUGUUGGGACUGUUCUUAUGAUUCUUGUUUCGGAAAUGUUACCUUUACGAUUUUAAACCUUAGAUUUUUCCUUUUUUCAACUAACUAAAAUCUGUAAAGAAAUGCCCCCAGUGUUUGAUAUCAACUACGGAAGUCAGUGCCAGUAAUGUAAGAUGUAACCAGUUUUGUUUUUAAUGUUUUCAAGUUUUCCAUCACCAGAAUCGUUAUGGGCAUCUGUUAAAGCAUCCUACCGGAACUAGAACUGUUUUUACUAUACCUAUAUUUUUAUUUAGAUUGUAGUUACCCUUAGAAAAAUGGGAUUUGAUGUCCAUAGAUUUUCUGGAGAUGUAGAUGAGGAACUUGUUUGUCCCAUAUGUUCUGGAGUGCUUGAAGAUCCACUUCAGGCUCCACUGUGUGAACAUGCAUUCUGCCGAAGUUGUAUUCAUGAAUGGAUAUCCAGACAACCAACGUGUCCUGUUGAUAGGCAAGCAAUCACAUCUGCACAGCUUAGACCAGUGCCUCGUAUCCUUCGUAAUCUUCUUUCUCGGCUGUGUAUUAGCUGUGACAACUCUCAGUAUGGAUGUGAGGCUGUGUUGAAGCUAGACUCACUUCCUGCCCAUCUAGAGGAGUGUGAGCACAACCCCAAACGACCGGUGCCUUGUGAACAGGGCUGUGGUCUAAUCAUACCUAUGGAUGAAUUGAAGGAUCACAACUGUGUUAAGGAGCUACGAUCCCUAAUCCAUUCUCAGCAGCAGAAAAUGACAGACUUUCAAAAAGAAAUUGCGGAUUACAAAUUUCAGCUGAACCAGCAAAAAAGAGAAAUUCACUUACUUAAGGAUUUCAUGAGAGCAAUGCGAGUCCACAACCCGACAAUGAGAGCGUUGGCGGAGGAGAUGGAGAGAGACGAGGUAGUGAGAUGGUCCAACUCUCUCACUCGAGCGAGAGUCACCCGCUGGGGUGGCAUGAUCUCUACACCUGAUGACAUGCUGCAAGCAAUGAUCAGGAGAUCGCUGAAUGAGUCUGGUUGUCCGACACACAUCAUAGACGACUUGAUGGACAACUGUCACGAGCGAAGCUGGCCGUCGGGACUCAACUCACUGGAGACUCGGCAAAACAACCGACGGCAAUACGAGAACUACGUGUGUAAGAGGAUCCCUGGCAAACAAGCAGUCGUAGUUCUUCAGUGUGACAAUCUUCACAUAAAUGAAGACAUGAUGGCUGAACCUGGUCUGGUGAUGAUCUUCGCUCAUGGUAUAGAAGAAAGUUAAACUCUUAGGUCUCAUCAUUUGCAUCGGUGCUGUGAAUAAAUCUACUUAUUUUGCUUUUAUAGCUCCAUAAGUGAAUUUUUACGUUAGGUAACUCAUUUUAGUUAUUUUGUUAUGUUUUAAUCCUUUGCAACGUUUAUCUAUGUAUCCAGCAACUUUUGUCCAUGUUUAAAGCUUUAAUUUGAUUGUUUGUGGUUAAUCCCUGCAAAUUUUGUAGAUUUCAAGAUUAUCAGAUUUUCCUUGAUACUGACUGAUGCAACAAGAAUAGAGUAAAUAUUUUGUCUUUGAGACUUGUCUGCAAUGUAGAAAUCCCACCUACAAUACAUUCCGUUGCUUAUUCGUUAUUAUGUUUUUAAUUUGUAUGGUAAGUCUAUCAACUUCUCCAUCUUUGGAGGAUGAAAGAUAUUGUAUACUUUUGAAUAGUGAAUAUAUUUAAAGUAAAGCAAAUACAUAUAUAUUAAGUAUAUAUUUUAUAUACCUGUAUUGUAAUUGAACAUGUUUGUCUAUAAGGUACAGUUACACCUAUUUCAACUACAUAUUAACCCAUUUGCAUCGGAAAACAUAUAAAAAAAAAUGGCUGACAAAUGGCUGGCAAAUUCAAUGGCGUCAGCCAUUGAAUUUGAAAAUUUGAUUUUUCUUCAAAUAAACCAUUUAUACGUACAAUAUAUACAUAUAAUAUUUAAAUUUGUUCAUCAAAAUAUUAUGUUCCUUGAAUGAUUUCAUAUUUACGUAAUACAGGCAGCUAUUUAAUUAUUUUUAAUAAAAAUAUGAAAAAAAGUGUAAACGUGUC